AAACGGGAAACAAAUCUGUAAACAAACGUAACGCUCGUUGGCUAGCAACAGCUUCAUGUAGGCGUAAACACAUUUGCAAAAGGACUGUGGACCAGGAGCAGAGAAGAUGUUUAAGAACACGUUUCAAAGCGGAUUCUUGUCUAUUUUGUACAGCAUUGGCAGCAAACCGCUUCAGAUAUGGGAUAAAAAGGUGAGGAAUGGUCACAUCAAGAGGAUCACAGACAAUGACAUCCACUCAUCGGUGUUGGAGGUAGAGGGGACAAAUGUCAGCACCACGUAUAUAACAUGUCCCCCAGACCCAAAGAAGACACUGGGCAUCAAGCUUCCUUUCCUGGUCAUGAUCAUCAAAAAUCUCAAGAAGUACUUCACCUUCGAAGUCCAGGUGUUAGAUGAUAAAAAUGUUCGUCGGCGGUUUCGGGCGAGUAACUAUCAGAGUACGACACGAGUGAAUCCGUUUAUCUGCACUAUGCCUAUGAGGCUGGAUGAUGGCUGGAACCAGAUUCAGUUCAACCUGUCAGACUUCACCAGGAGGGCCUACGGGACCAAUUACAUUGAGACACUUCGGGUACAGAUCCACGCUAACUGUCGAAUAAGGAGAGUGUAUUUCUCAGACAGACUGUACUCUGAGGACGAGCUCCCAGCGGAGUUUAAACUCUACCUGCCUGUCCAGAACCAGAAAGCCAAGCAGUAAAGAUCGUCCCCCUGCACUGUUCCCCAGAUCUGAUGUGGAGCUGUAAGAUUUCCCUGCGUGUAGACUCAUGAUGACAUUUAAUAAUAUAAUAUUAUUAUAAUUUUGGAAGUUUUAGUUUCGAGUGCUCUCUUGUGUUGCUCUCUGCACAAUAAAAUUUUUUAU